UGCGACGUCUCCGAUAGUCAUUAAAGGCAUCAGGUGUCAUACUUCGGACGUCCAGGCGCGGUGGAGGCAGUGAAGGAAUCCAGAAGUUAUCUUUAAAGUUCACAUACCGUACACAAGGAGGAGUUGGGAGGCGAAACAAGGAGGUUUAAUUGCCGCAGAAAAACUGGACUUGGUGCCACUGGAGGAACCUCCAACCAGACAGCGUCAACAUGGAAGAAAUGAGUGUGGAACAGAUUGCCAAUCAGGGCCAACCAAUUGACUGAUGAGUCACUGGAGAGCACACGGAGGAUGCUGCAGAUGGCAGACGAGAGCCAACAGACUGGCGUCAACACCAUUGUGAUGUUGAAUGAGCAAGGAGAGCAGCUGAAGCGUGUGGAGGAUGGCAUGGACCAGAUCAACCAGGACAUGAGACAAGCUGAGAAAAACUUGACUGACCUCUCCAAGUGCUGUGGCCUGUGUGUGUGCCCCUGUGACAGGGUGUCGUCCAUAGAGAACGACUCGCGGUACAAACGUACCUGGGGCACUGGAGGAACUGAAGAAGUCGACAAGGAUGGCAAAGUUGUCUCAAGGCAGCCCUCUGCCAUUCGCAACGGUCAGCCUGGUCAAGUGAAUGCCCCGCCGCCCACGGGCCCCUACAUCAAAAGGAUCACAAAUGAUGCACGUGAGGAUGAGAUGGAGGAGAAUCUGGAGGCGGUCGGCGGCAUUAUUGGUAACCUGAGAAAUAUGGCUCUGGACAUGGGCAGCGAGAUAGACAAGCACAACCAACACAUUGACCGCAUCAAUGAAAAGGCGGAAUUAAACAGAUCUCGUAUUGAAGAAGCCAACCAAAGAGCCAACAAACUCAUCCAGUAGAUGAGGAAAGCCUGCGUCUUCCAGUUCUAUCCAUCAGCCUGAACCUCUGUCUCCACACAUAACGUGCACUCACCGAUAAAACGGUGUGCAGUAAGAUGUAAGAAUAAUACCCUUUAUAAUGUUUUGGUUCCUGCUGUAACCCAGUUUGGGUUUAUUGCUCACUUUAAGAAGCAGUGUGAACAUCAGAAUCUUAGCAAAGAAAAGUGACUCUGACUGUCCACCGCUGUUGUUUGAUACCAAAUAUCCACCGGCCUGUUGUCUUAACUCAACGUUCAUAAGUGAGCGAGUCGCCUGUUUUCGCCUUCUGUUUUACAUCAACGUCUGUAAACUUGUUUUUGGGUUUGGAAUGUAUGAGGUCACCAACCUACAAUAAAUAACUGUUAGAAAGAUGAUGCCAUUUAGACAUGACGUCCUGUUGGGUUGUUUUCGGCUGCCUGUAAUUAUGUCACAAAGCAUCUUAUUAUUGGCUCCAUGUGUAAUUUUGUUGUAUCGACUAUUAUGAGAUGUUCUUAUUUAAUUUUUCUUUGUUAUCCAUAAAUGACAUGACAAUUAAGCUGAAUUUAAAAAGUAAAACAAAAAAGCUAUUUUCCCUGUGUUCAUGAUGCUGUUCCAACUGUACAAGUGACUUUAAAAUACAAAAUGCUUUGCUUUGCAGUGGCACAUAUGUUAGCACCUACUGAUGAGUUAUGCUAACUUAAAAAUGUCUUCAGAAUACAAAGCUGAGACUUGUUUGAAUAAUUGUAGGAAAACGAUGCAAAGUAACAUCGAUUAAGAACCAUAAGGUGGAUUGUGCAUCAUUUGUGUGUCCUGUUCUUCUGGUUGACUUAAAAAUAUAAAACAUGACACUGGUGACAUUGACUAAAUAACAGCAGAUGAUUGCGUGAUUACUUUUGUAUUUUCCAUCAGUGAAUCAACUGCUGUGCUUUAAAUUUAGUGUUUUAUGUGGACGGCACUGUUUGCGUAACUACCCAAGCAUACUGUAUCUGUAUGUGCUAACGUGUUUCUUCUUUGCCACAUGGUAAAUAAAGAUUUGUAGCGCCCAACAAUAUUUAUAUUCUACGCAGCUGUCUUAUACAACUGCAGUAAUUUAUAGAAAAUCAUUGCUCAGGUUUGUUCCGUCCUGAUGCACACGGCUGUUCGUUGUUAAGCUCGGACUGCGCUGCUGUCAUUUCUCACAUUGAUUUGCAGAUGUUAAAAGUGCUACAGUGUCACUGACCUGAAUUUUUAACAUCAUCCAGAUCUCAUUCUGCACAAAACACGGCGGAUAAUAAUGGGGGGGGCAGUGGGAAAUGUGCAGGAAACACCGCCACAGACGGUUCACGGUUGUGUUGUAACAGCCGUUGUAUCACAAACUGUUCUUGCUACUUUUCUCUGCGUACUCAGCUUUUGCUGCACAGCUGCAGAAAAAUGAUGGUAUCUGAUGAUGGAGCACAUCGUUUUUGUCGAUGCCGUUAGACGAGCUGAGAAAUCAUUGCUGGAGGCCAGAUGCUGCAAAACACGUGUAAAUGAUUGCUGUUUACGCUGUAAACAUAGAGAGAAAAUAAGUCCUGGUGGCCCCGUUAGGCUGCACUGUGCUCAACUAGCUGCUGGUUAUAUACAUUUUGAAAAAGUACCUCGUCUGUCUCUGUUGGCUUUCAGGCAAAGUAAUCAUCUGUGUGCAUGACCGCAAGCAUGCACUUACUGAGUGUGUGAAGAUUGAAACAAACUUAUUCAGGGCUUUGUGAGCAAUCAUCGUCCGCCUCUUUACCAGUAGAUCUAAUUAGCCUCGGGUGGCCUCUGUCUUCAGUGUUUAUUCAUUAUUUCGCCAACAGCCACUGGAAUGUAAAUACGAGUUCAGACUAUUUUCAGUGUUCACAUGCAGCUCGAUUUAUCUGGCAUUAACUGUUCAACACAUGUUUCAUUCUUGCAUCUGUUUUAAAUUGUUUGUAUUCAAUAAAGCUGUUCUGAAAUUAAA